CGUCUCCCUUCUUCUAGAUCAUUCUCACCAGUCACCUCGCUCAACGACGAAUCUUCAGAGAGUCAAGCAACAACCCUCUUUCUUUCGCAUUCGACCAUCUCCUCUGCAAGUUUCCGCUUGAAAGAUUCAGCCCUCCCAUGGCAUAUCAACAUUCUGAUGAAUGUGUUGGCACAAGCAAUAUUGCUGCUGAAGGUUCUGAAUCGGCAGUGGAGAUCCAGAUCAAGACACUUGAUUCGCAGUUGUACAGCUUUCGUGUUGAUAAAAAUAUGCCAGUUUUAGCAUUCAAGGAAAAGAUUGCUAGUGAUGUUGGCCUCCCAGUUGGACAGCAGCGGCUGAUCUUUAGGGGCAAGGUGUUGAAGGACGAGCACCGUCUUUCGGAAUAUCAUGUUGAAAGUGGACACACAUUGCAUCUGGUGGCUAGACAGCCUUCUGAUUCACAACCUUCCUCUGGUACUGGGACAGCAACUGCAAAUGGUAGUAAUACAGGACAAGAUGCUAAUGCUCCUGGUUCACGCCCUCGCGUUGGUCAUGUUUCACAUAGUGUUGUACUUGGGACCUUCGGUGUUGGGGACCAAAAUGAAGGUGGCACUCCUGAUAUUAAUCGGGUUAUCGGGGCUGUUUUGAAUUCCAUUGGAAUUGGGGGCCAGAUCUCCACGGUUGGUAUUGGCGGACCACAUCCAAAUAUGCAGUUCAACGUUCCUGUGCAAGUUGCCCAAGGAAAUGAAGCUGGACUUAAUGUCAACAAUCAAGGUCAAAUGGGAAACCCUGGUCAACAUGCCACUCAAGGGUUGCAAAUUCCUUUAGGAGCAGGAAUAGCCAUACCUACACUUGCUACGCCAAUUCCUGAUUCAUUACACACACUUUCUGAGUUCAUGGAUCGCAUGGAGCAGGCAUUGUCACAAAAUGGGUAUCAGCAAAAUCAACCUGCAAAUGGUGCUGAACGCUCACCCGCUGUAGAAUUGCCGUCCAGUGCUCGUGGCGUGCCAAUGCCUGCAGCUCUUGCAGUUGUUUUGCGACAUGCACAGCGGCUUCUCAGUGGGCCUGCUAUUGAUUCUCUAUCUCAUACUGCUGGACGGCUGGAUGAAGAGGAGAGUUGCACUGACCUCACAGUAAGAACCCAGAUUCAGUCGGAAGUUAUGCAAUCAGGGCUUGCUAUGCAACAUUUAGGCGCUCUUCUGCUUGAGCUUGGUCGUACAAUGCUGAGUUUGCGUAUUGGACAAUCUCCUGCUGAAUCUUCUGUACUCGCUGGGCCUGCUGUUUACAUAUCUCCAUCGGGGCCUAAUCCUAUAAUGGUUCAGCCCUUUUCUCUACAAAGUAAUUCACUCUUCGGCAGUCAUGCUACUCCCAUGAAUUCUACGGCUUUCGGCCCUGUUGGCAUUGGUGCUGUUCCAAGACACAUAAAUGUUCAUAUCCAUGCAGGAAUCGGUCCAAGGGGAGCUAAUGUUGAACCAAAUCAAGGAGAAGAUGGUAAUGGAACAGCUGCUGAUGGAGUUAAUUUGCAAACGAGGGGGGUUGAUGAUAGCACGAGGAGUGAAAAUCAAACCUCUGCAGGUCAACCACAAGGAGGUGUGAUUAAAACGGAGGGUCAGGCGGAUACAGGAGGUGCAGGAAAUGCCAUCCCGAGCAGCAGCGCAACGAAGUCUGUAAAUGAUGUAGAAGGUGCUUCAUCGAGUCCGGUGAUUGAUAACUCCGGAAAUGCUUCAGCUGUUCCUCUUGGACUUGGCUUAGGAGGGUUACAACCCAAGAGACGAAGUCGGCAGACAAAACCCGAGGCCACUAGUAGUAAUCCAGCUGCUUCUGAUGCGCCUCCUUCUAAUACUCGUAGUACUUCUAAUCCCGCUGGUGGCCAAUUGGAUCCUGCAACGAUCAUGAAUCAAGUUAUUGCGAAUCCCGCUCUAGAUGGUCUGUUGUCUGGAGUUUCAAACCAAACCGGAAUUGGAUCGCCAGAUAUGUUGAGGAAUAUGUUAGGUCAACUAACUCAGAAUCCUGCAAUGAUGAACACAGUCAAUCAGAUUGCUCAACAGAUUGACGGUAAUCAAGAUCUUAGUAACAUGUUUGGCGGCGGCAGCGGUGGUGGUGGUGGUGGUGGCGGUUUUGAUCUCUCAAGUAUGGUUCAACAGAUGAUGCCCUUAGUUGCCCAAGCUUUUGGUGGUGGAGUUUCGAAUUCAAAUGUUCUUCAACCACCACCCUCCAUGGAUCGUGAACUCCGUUCACAUACAACCACUAACGAUAACUCGAGUUAUCCUCAGGUAAACUUUCAUGAUUUGGCUGAGAAGAUUGAACACCAGGAGUCACCGGAAGAAGUUUUCUUGUCUGUGGUGGAAGCUGCUGCUCAUUUGAACGAUAAUGGUGGCAAUGCGGAUGGACUCCUUUCUGAGUUAUGUUUCGAAGAUGGUCUUGCUCAAGAAUUUAUGGAAAUGUUGAAGUGCGAUGUUUCACGACGGCUUGAAGAAGAAGAGGAAUGAUGAUGUGGGUGUGUUUGUUGUUUAUGAGGAGGAUGUUUUUAUAAAAUUGUGUUGUACAAAUAGCUUUUGACUCAUGAUUCUUGAUAGGAUUAUUGCUUCUUCACAUGUGCAUCCGGUUGAAAUAGAAGAAAAAACUAAAUUAUCACAUAUUUUCUUGUAAUUGCUUUAAUUGCCAAAUGUUUCUGUUGCUCUUGCUCUUUUAGGGGUUGUUUAGUUUGAUGGAAUGGUUUUGAGGGG